AUGAGGAAAUACUACCCCUCCGGCGAGAGCUCUACCGGCUCCACCGGAAACAUUACUUGUAAGCUAACAUUCCCCUGGCCACCCUAAUCUAAUCGGAACUGCAUUAUUCAGCGCAAGACCGUAUGCUCAAAAUUGUGACCGAAAUGCGUUCUGGACACGGAUCUGGCAUGUUGCCGUUCACCCAGAACGCCGCCUCGACCAUCCGUGACUCUCGCGAACGUGAGAAGAAAGAGAUGAGCGACUUGAACAAUCGACUCGCUAGUUACAUCGAAAAGGUGUGACGAGAAGGAGGAAAAAUCACACCCAAUGACGCACUUUUUCAGGUCCGUUUCCUCGCAGCUCAGAAUCGAAAGUUGGCCGACGAUUCAAAAUAUGAAACAGCAUUUUUAAAGCACUAA